AUAUGUACACUAACUUCCACUUUGUCACUAAAGUAAUUCCGCACAUGGUAACUCCGAACUCUAAAACUCUGACCGUUAAGAGCUUGCAUCGAGAGCCACUGCGAGUAGCUGCUGUUAUGACAUGGCCAUUUCAUUCUCCACAACGACAAGAGAAGCAGCCGCGGCUUCAGUCACCGCCCUCCAGCAGCGUAAGAGGAUAAAAGUGCGACUUGCCCUAAAACCUAAACGUCUCUUCUGGAUCUCCAGAAAAAAAGUGCUGCUCUAGGCCGGGCGCGGUGGCUCACGCCUGUAAUCCUAGCACUUUGGAAGGCCGAGGCGGGCGGAUCAUCUGAGGUGAGGACUUCGAGACCAGCCUAGCCAAAGUGGUCAAAGCCCGCCUCUACUAAAAAUACAAAAAUUAGCCGAGCGUGGUGGCACGUGCCUGUAGUCCCAGCUGCAUGGGAGGCUGAGGCCGGAGAAUCACUUGAACCCUGGAGGCAGAGGUUGCAGCGAGCCAAGACCAUGCCACUGCACUUCAGCCCGGGUGACAGAGGUAGACGCCCUCUCACAAAAAAAAAAAAAAAAAAAAAAAAAAAAAAAAAAAAGUGCACUCUAGCCCGCAUCUGCGGCCUCUUCAUCUCGAUGAUAGUCUUUUCCUGUGUCCUAGCGUUGCAUGAUGGGAGGAAUAGUCUACUUUCCGGUAGCGGUGCCCUGGCAGUGGCUUAAUACGGAACUCUAUUUCCCGGCGUGCCUCGCGGAGGCCGCUGAACUCAGAAGCGGGAGGCCGGUUCCGGUUGCAUCAGCGUGGGAUUCACGGCGAAAUGAGACUGUUCGUGAGUGAGGGCGUCCCGGGUUGCUUGCCGGUGCUGGCCGCCGCCGGGAGAGCCCGGGGCAGAGCAGAGGUGCUCAUCAGCACUGUAGGCCCGGAAGAUUGUGUGGUCCCAUUCCUGACCCGGCCUAAGGUCCCUGUCUUGCAGCUGGAUAGUGGCAACUACCUCUUCUCCACUAGUGCAAUCUGCCGAUAUUUCUUUUUGUUAUCUGGCUGGGAGCAAGAUGACCUCACUAACCAGUGGCUGGAAUGGGAAGCGACAGAGCUGCAGCCAGCUUUGUCUGCUGCCCUGUACUAUUUAGUGGUCCAAGGCAAGAAGGGGGAAGAUGUUCUUGGUUCAGUGCGGAGAGCCCUGACUCACAUUGACCACAGCUUGAGUCGUCAGAACUGUCCUUUCCUGGCUGGGGAGACAGAAUCUCUAGCCGACAUUGUUUUGUGGGGAGCCCUGUACCCAUUACUGCAAGAUCCCGCCUACCUCCCUGAGGAGCUGAGUGCCCUGCACAGCUGGUUCCAGACACUGAGUACCCAGGAGCCAUGUCAGCGAGCUGCAGAGACUGUACUGAAACAGCAAGGUGUCCUGGCUCUCCGGCCUUACCUCCAAAAGCAGCCCCAGCCCAGCCCCCCUGAGGGAAGGGCUGUCACCAAUGAGCCUGAGGAGGAGGAGCUGGCUACCCUAUCUGAGGAGGAGAUUGCUAUGGCUGUUACUGCUUGGGAGAAGGGCCUAGAAAGUUUGCCCCCGCUGCGGCCCCAGCAGAAUCCAGUGUUGCCUGUGGCUGGGGAAAGGAAUGUGCUCAUCACCAGUGCCCUCCCUUACGUCAACAAUGUCCCCCACCUUGGGAACAUCAUUGGUUGUGUGCUCAGUGCCGAUGUCUUUGCCAGGUACUCUCGCCUCCGCCAGUGGAACACCCUCUAUCUGUGUGGGACAGAUGAGUAUGGUACAGCAACAGAGACCAAGGCUCUGGAGGAGGGACUAACCCCCCAGGAGAUCUGCGACAAGUACCACAUCAUCCAUGCUGACAUCUACCGCUGGUUUAACAUUUCGUUUGAUAUUUUUGGUCGCACCACCACUCCACAGCAGACCAAAAUCACCCAGGACAUUUUCCAGCGGUUGCUGAAACGAGGUUUUGUGCUGCAAGAUACUGUGGAGCAACUGCGGUGUGAGCACUGUGCUCGCUUCCUGGCUGACCGCUUCGUGGAGGGCGUGUGUCCCUUCUGUGGCUAUGAGGAGGCUCGGGGUGACCAGUGUGACAAGUGUGGCAAGCUCAUCAAUGCUGUCGAGCUUAAGAAGCCUCAGUGUAAAGUCUGCCGAUCAUGCCCUGUGGUGCAGUCGACCCAGCACCUGUUUCUGGACCUGCCUAAGCUGGAGAAGCGACUGGAGGAGUGGUUGGGGAGGACAUUGCCUGGCAGUGACUGGACACCCAAUGCCCGGUUUAUCACCCUUUCCUGGCUUCGGGAUGGCCUCAAGCCACGCUGCAUAACCCGAGACCUCAAAUGGGGAACCCCUGUACCCUUAGAAGGUUUUGAAGACAAGGUAUUCUAUGUCUGGUUUGAUGCCACUAUUGGCUAUCUGUCCAUCACAGCCAACUACACAGACCAGUGGGAGAGAUGGUGGAAGAACCCAGAGCAAGUGGACCUGUAUCAGUUCAUGGCCAAAGACAAUGUUCCUUUCCAUAGCUUAGUCUUUCCUUGCUCAGCCCUAGGAGCUGAGGAUAACUAUACCUUGGUCAGCCACCUCAUUGCUACAGAGUACCUGAACUAUGAGGAUGGGAAAUUCUCUAAGAGCCGCGGUGUGGGAGUGUUUGGGGACAUGGCCCAGGAUACGGGGAUCCCUGCUGACAUCUGGCGCUUCUAUCUGCUGUACAUUCGGCCUGAGGGCCAGGACAGUGCUUUCUCCUGGAUGGACCUGCUGCUGAAGAAUAAUUCUGAGCUGCUUAACAACCUGGGCAACUUCAUCAACAGAGCUGGGAUGUUUGUGUCUAAGUUCUUUGGGGGCUAUGUGCCUGAGAUGGUGCUCACCCCUGAUGAUCAGCGCCUGCUGGCCCAUGUCACCCUGGAGCUCCAGCACUAUCACCAGCUACUUGAGAAGGUUCGGAUCCGGGAUGCCUUGCGCAGUAUCCUUACCAUAUCUCGACAUGGCAACCAAUAUAUUCAGGUGAAUGAGCCCUGGAAGCGGAUUAAAGGCAGUGAGGCUGACAGGCAACGGGCAGGAACAGUGACUGGCUUGGCAGUGAAUAUAGCUGCCUUGCUCUCUGUCAUGCUUCAGCCUUACAUGCCCACGGUUAGUGCCACAAUCCAGGCCCAGCUGCAGCUCCCACCUCCAGCCUGCAGUAUCCUGCUGACAAACUUCCUGUGUACCUUACCAGCAGGACACCAGAUUGGCACAGUCAGUCCCUUGUUCCAAAAAUUGGAAAAUGACCAGAUUGAAAGUUUAAGGCAGCGCUUUGGAGGGGGCCAGGCAAAAACGUCCCCGAAGCCAGCAGUUGUAGAGACUGUUACGACAGCCAGGCCACAGCAGAUACAAGCGCUGAUGGAUGAAGUGACAAAACAAGGAAACAUUGUCCGAGAACUGAAAGCACAAAAGGCAGACAAGAACGAGGUUGCUGCGGAGGUGGUGAAACUCUUGGAUCUAAAGAAACAGUUGGCUGUAGCUGAGGGGAAACCCCCUGAAGCCCCUAAAGGCAAGAAGAAAAAGUAAAAGACCUUGGCUCAUAGAAAGUCACUUUAAUAGAUAGGGACAGUCAUAAAUAAAUGUACAAUCUCUAUAUACAA